CCUGCCGCGGUAAAGGAAAACCUGACACAGCGUGAAGGGACGGAAUGAUAUUAAGUCAUGACAAAUUUCUGUGUUUCGUCUCCUUCCGCUUGUGCAGGACCCAGUGGCCAAAGGGACCACGUACUCCGGGUUUAAGAACGCCAUGAGGAGAAAGCUGGCGGCCCGGGCUUCCGCUGCCAGCAGCCCCCUUGUCACAAGAUGGCAGCAGCGGCACGCUGGAGGCGCUGCCGGCUCCCGCCGCGCGAACCGGCUCAUCAGCGCCCCGGGGACCACGGCAGUGACAUCUCAGGUGCCUAAGGAACUCUCCAGCAUAAAAACUGUUGUGACUCUAGCUAGCCGACAUGCUGCAGCAGGCUUGGAAGGGAGGAAUAUCAGGAGAGCUGGAAUGGAAAAGAAGCAGAAACAUCCUUCCCAUCUUCCAGUGGUCCAGGAUGUUGGAUAUAGCAUUUCAGAAAGAGGUGACAUGAAGGUCUGUGAAAAUACCAAUUGCACCUGGAAAGGGUGCCGAGAGGGGAACCAAAAUGAGUUUAGAGCUGUUACCAAGAUGGAGCUUUCUGUACCAAUGGAGCUAGAAGUGAGGCUUCAUAUUACUGGCUUGCGCAAUGAUUACUAUCUAAACAUACUGGACUGGAGCCUUGAAAAUCUCAUUGCUAUUGCUGUAGGACCUGCUGCACACAUCUGGAAUGGAGGAACUCUUCAAGCCAUUGGAAGCAUUGAUUUGAAUUCCAGUUCCAAAUACAUUUCCUCUCUAGCUUGGAUAACAGAGGGAACUUGCCUUGCGAUUGGCACCAGUGAUGGAGAAGUGCAACUGUGGGACAUUGAAACCAAAAAGAGGUUGAGAAAUAUGUUUGGUCACCUGUCGGUGGUUGGAGCUCUGAGCUGGAAUCAUUAUAUUCUGAGCAGUGGUUCACGACUAGGAUCUAUUCAUCACCAUGAUGUUCGGGUUGCUCAGCACCAUGUUGGGACUCUUUGCCAAAAUAAACAAAGCAUUUGCAGCUUGAAAUGGUCACUAACCAACCAGUUGCUGGCAAGUGGGUCUAGUGAUGGUAUAUUGAAUAUCUGGCCUAGUGACCCUGGUGUAAAAUUGCAGUCACAGCCACUGAAAACCAUACCACAUUCCUCAGCAGUUAAGGCUAUGAACUGGUGUCCUUGGCAGUCUAAAGUCCUUGCUACAGGAGGUGGAAUGAAAGAUGGGAUUUUGCGUGUCUGGGACAUUAAUUGUGAAAAAAUAAUCAAAAGUGCAGCUACAGAUUCUCAGAUUUGUUCCUUGCUCUGGUUACCCAAAACCAGCGAACUGAUGACUGGACAUGGCCUUCCUGGACAUCAGAUGAAAAUAUGGAAGUAUCCCAUACUUAUCAAUUCAUCAGAACUCUAUGGCAAGUAUUUCAGUUAAUAGUUUUAAUUACUUCAGUUAACUGUCUGUCUAACCAGUGUGUUUUUGCAACUGGAAACCUCAUGCAUUUAUGUGAAAAAAGAGUUAAAAGAGCAGUCACCUGCACAUCCUUCCUCUGCCUACACAAUGCAUUUAUCCGCACAAUCCUGAUUCAUGGGUUUGUAAAGGUUGAGUUAUUAGAGUAGUAGUCUAAGCUGCUUCUGUAAAACUUUUUUGUUUCAGUAAUGGUAUUAUCUCCUGUUAUUUCUAAGGCUAUCCCAGGUGAAAGAUGAGAAUUUCCACUUCUCCCUAAGGCUUACUAGGCCUGGAUUGAGUGUGGCAAUGUCAGGUUGCUUCCAAUGUAUUCUAGGCUGAUGGCCUUCUAGGUAAUAUGAACUAGAUUUGGCUCUUUGAAUUUGCAGCUUAUCAUGCAAGGAUACUGAACCAGCUUUCAAAUGACAUUUAAAAUAAAUCACCAUGUGUUAUUUAUUGCUGUCUGGGUUUUAAUGAAUGAGUGACUGUGAAACAAUGGGGUGCAGCAUGUUUCCCUUGUUCCACGUUGACAGCCAGAGGAAGGUGGAGUUUCCUUGCAUCAUUGUGUAGGGAUACAUUACACAUAAAAGUUGUUCCUUGCUAUUAGACCUUCUUGUUUCUGGUGCUUGCUGUCACUCCUAUCCAUUAAGUUUUACUUGUUUCAGUGUUAACUGAAGUGAUCCAAUAGAAGUGUCUGAAGUUAAAGAAAAAAAGCAGAUCUCUUUUGCACUGGCUGCAUUUUCUUAUGUAUGGUUUUUCAUACUCACUGACAAAAUGCAGUAAAAGAAGCCUUAGAAUUUCAACCAGGGACUUGGGUGGAACCAGGGGCUUGUCUUUAGUAGUAGCCUGUAAGAGGAAGGCACAGGAGGGUCAAAGCAAAGACGGAUGGAAGAGAGAGGGCAGCAGAGACAAACGUGGGUCUGGUUACACAUUAUCCUUGUGUAAUGCUGCUUGUCUGUGUUGCUUUUCCUUCCUUAUCCCUCCUCAUUUAUGUACAUCUUUUAAGGCAUGUGUUGCUAUGAGAAAUUAUCUGGAAGCUUGGGGUUUCACAAAUCUUUGUAAGUCUUCAUUAUAUUACAAGAAAUGAAAAUUAGAUUUAAUCUUACCUUUGAGAAUAGUGUAUGGAGUAAAACCUUUACCAUAUAAGUCAAAUAAAAGUAAUUUAAUGAAGUUGGAGUGCUACACAUCAUCCUGUUUCCUAUUCAGUUUACUCAUCUGCAAAAGAAACUAAUUUUCAUGAACAAAAGUCCAGAUAAUUGUUACACAGAUGUUCCUGCUUAUGAAAGCUCUUAAUACCUUUCUGUAAGCAAUUGAGUGUUGGAAGAAAUUGUGAAUGUAUCAAAAGACGUUCAGAAAAAAUACUGUGAUGGAUGAUUGUGAAGUGGUUCUAAAUCAGCCUCAAACACCCUUAACCACAUGAGUUUUACACCCAGAGAAAUGAAUAGAUAAAUUGUAACUAAAUGCUAUUGUUAAAUCUUCCUGCAAAAUGUUGAAGAUUUCAGCUAACAAUGACGAACUAUCAGCAACUGUUGGGUACUUUAGUAAUUGAGGUUGCCUGUUAUUGAGCAGAGCAGAAUAACAAUGGAAAGACAGUAACCUUUUUAUAGGAUUGAUUUCUGUUUUCCUAUUACUUAUUGCCUUCAGCUCAUUCUUAAUGUGAAUAUAUUCUAUAGAUAAUAUUAGAUA